AUGAAGUGUCCAAGUGUGACUCCAAGGAGAAGCGUCCUUGGAGGCGUUUGGGUGACCCACCCCAAAGGGAGGGUUCGCGCUGGGGCGGCCGCCCGGAGCAGGAGCACGUCAGACACAGCGGCGGCAGCACCGGCAGCCCCCGAGGCAGCGGCGGCUCUCGGCCGGCGCAGCGGGACCUGGGCCGAGCCUUCCCGCCCACCGCGGCCCCGGACCGGCGCCGCCCCCGGGGUGGGCCGAGCCCGGGGCCCGCCAGGACCCCUUCUCCUCUUCCUCCGCCUUCUCCUCCCGGAGCCAUGGCCUCGCUGCUGUGCCUCAGCCUCCUCGCCGCCGCGGCGGCCGCCACGUCCCCGGGCCGGUUGGCGCCGUUCGACCUGCUGUACGCGGACGGCGUGCGGGCGUACCUGGCGCGGGACUGGGCGCGGGCGGCCGAGCUGCUGCAGCGCGCCCUGCACAGCUACGCGGGGCUGCGGGCCGCCCGCCGCGCCUGCCGCGCCGCCUGCGCCCGCCAGGAGCCCUUCGGCGGCGGGCCCGGGCGCUGGGAGGCCGCGCUGCUCGGGCCGGUGCUGCAGCGCGCCGGGUGCCUGCAGCGCUGCCUCGGGCGGCGGCUGCGCCCCGCGCCCUCCGCGCACCGCGCCAGCCGCGCCGUGCGCCGCGACUUCGAGCGCAGAGAGCCCUACAACUACCUACAGGUGGCCUUCUUCCAGCUGAAGAAGCUGGAUCAGGCCGUGUCUGCCGCUCACACCUUCUUCGUGGCUAAUCCCCAGCACCUCCAAAUGCGGGAGGACAUCGAGAAGUACCGGCGUAUGUCAGGGGUGAAGUCAGACAGCUUCCAGGACCUGGAGGCCACGCCACACUGGGAAGCCUAUGAGACUGGUGUGCGGCACUAUGAUGCAGAUGAGUACCUGCAGGCUGUGGCCAGGCUGGAGGAGUCACUCUCAGAGGCCCUGUCAGCACUGGAAGAGUGUCGUGCCCUGUGUGAAGGGCCUUGGGAGGAUGAGGACGAGGAGGAGAAAAUGCAGCCUGGCCUGUAUGAAGCCAUUGCAGCCCAUUAUAUUCAGGUUUUGAAGUGCAGGCAGCAGUGCGUCCUGGAAAUUGCCACAAAGCCGGGGAGAAUUUCUGCCACAGAAGAUUUCAUACCCUCUCAUCUUGAUUUGCUGCAGUUUGCCUACAGCCAGGUUGGGAACCAGACACUGGCUGCUGAAUGUGCUGCUUCCUACUUGCUCUUCUAUCCCACGGAUGAGCCCAUGCUGGAGAAAAUGAAGCAGUAUCGCUCAGAGCUGGGAGAGGACGCAGCCGUCACAGCCAGACAGAGUAUUCAGCAUUAUGUGCAGAGAUCUUUGAUGGAGAAGAAGUUGAUUUAUUAUGCAGUGGAGCAUCUGGGAGAAACUUUUAAUGACCCUGAUCUUUGGACUCCAGAUGAGCUGAUUCCUGAAAACCUAAGGGAGAAGCACAGAGAGGAUCAGGAGAAGCAAAAGCAGGAAACUCUGGAUGUGGAAGAGAGGGAGAAGAGGGCAGGUGCUUUGCCUUUUGAGGGUAUUGCUGUCACGAUGGAUUCCCAGCAGAUGAACGGAACCCAGAGGGUUGUGUUCGACAGAGUGCUGACGGAGUCUGAGUGUAAGGACCUUCUCCGACUGACAAAGGCAGCAGGGGAAGCAGGAGAUGGAUACCGGGCAAGGAGGUCUCCUCACACCCCACAUGAGAGAUUUGAAGGGUUAACUGUUUUGAAGGCUGUGCAGCUGGCCCAAAAUGGGGACGUGGAGUGGAGAGAUGCCAAAUUGCUUCUGCAGGCUAGUGAGAAAUCUCGGAAAAUCAUAGAGUCCUAUUUCACUCCUGGAAAGAAACUCCAUUUUUCAUUCACACACCUUGUGUGCCGCAGAGCUGUAGACGGGGAACAGGAAGGUCGCAUGGAUCUCAGUCAUCCUGUCCAUGCUGACAACUGUCUCUUGGAUCCUGAGGGGCAGGAGUGCUGGAAAGAACCUCCUGCCUAUGUGUACAGGGACUACAGUGGCAUUCUCUACCUCAAUGAUGACUUCCAAGGUGGAGGCCUUUUCUUCACUGAAAUGGACACUGUGACUGUCACAGCCGAGGUGCAUCCCCAGUGUGGGAGGCUGGUGGCCUUCAGCUCUGGCAAGGAGAACCCCCACGGCGUGUGGGCCGUGAGGCGCGGCCGGCGCUGCGCCAUUGCCCUCUGGUACACGCACUCCCCGGAGCACGCUGAGCAGGAACGGGUGAAGGCAGAGGAGCUGAUGGAGCAGAGGGCCAUGGAGCAGGACCAGCCUGAUGGAGAUAAACACAAAGGAGCUGAUGGCAGCCGCAGAUCCUCCUCAGAGCCUGGUGCUCCCAGCCGUGCAGCCAAGCCUGCAGAUCAGAGACAGAAGGCUGGCUUGGACAGGAAGCAGCACCCCAAGGUGCUACGGGCCAGAGAUGAGUUCUGAGCGCGUGGGGCCCUCUGGACUGUCACACAGCCUGGCCUGGCAGGUCACGGGGGCACGGGGACCACGGAGGCCUGGGGCAGUGUAGUAGUGUGGUAGAGCCGUAGUGAUGGGGAGGGGUGCAGCUUUCUUCUCUGUGGUGUCCCAGCAGCUGAAAAAUGGGAGAAGGACACAGUGUGGAAGUCAGUGACAUCAGGAACUUUCUUUGCUGCCUCGCCGUGUUUGUCUCACUGAGAAGUAAGAAGACAGGGUCUUCUCACCCCACUCCUCUCAGUGCCGACUUCUUGGCUAUCCAGGGCUAAAUCUGACAGGGGGAGGAGGAGCCUGGAGUCUUUCAGUGAGGGCUGUCUCAUUCAGGAACUCAAACCUAAAGCCUUUGAAUUUCCUGAGCACCUGCAAACUCCGGAACCUUGCUAAGUUACCUGAGGCAGGAAGGGUGAGGGACUGUGAAUGUAUAGAAUAAAAGCCAAAUGCUGGACACA